UCACAUUCAAAUUACACUCAAGAAAUCAUGAUUCGAUCAGCCCUGCAGCCUCUAAGUCGAUCAUCUGCGGCAUGCAGUAGCUUGAUCGCUAGAAUUGCACCUCUUCGUACAUCGUUGGCCAGUGGUAGUAGUAUUCCAACCGCAAAUGCAUUACCCGUUCUUGGAAUAGCGGGUGAUGGUUCACUUCAUCAAGUACGUAAUUCGGCUAAACGUGGUGGUGGUACGACAAAGAAUAAUAGGAAUAGUCCUGGUAAACGUUUGGGUGUGAAAAGAUAUGGCGGUCAAUUUGUUAAAGCUGGAGAAAUUAUUCUACGACAACGCGGAACAUCUUGGCAUCCUGGACAAAAUGUAAAGAUGGGCAAAGAUCAUACAUUGUAUGCCGUUGAGCCGGGAUACGUUCAAUUUUAUAAACCUAAUCCGAUUCAAACACAAGAACAAAAUCUUACAAUCGCCGGUAUGGAAUUUUCCACAGAAUCUUCCAACGAUGCGAAUCCAUCAUUGACCAGCCAAAACAAUAAUAGCGUCAUCUUAACCGCAUUGCAAAAGAAAUCACUUCCGCUUUCACCUUUUGCUCUUCAGUCUAUUCAGCCAAUCGCUGAAACGGUCAAAUGCCACCCCUCAAGCACGAAACGUAAACAAGGAAGGCGGUAUGUUGGUGUUGUACUGGAACGUGAAGAUCAUCUACCUCUGCCGUUCGGAGAACCACAAAAGCGCAGGUUAGGCCUGAUCAACUUAAACGCAGAGAAAAAGACAAAUUCUUCUUAUGAACUGCCACUACUGAAGUAGAGAUAAUUUUACUGUUGAUAAUGUCAUUUCCAAAAAUCAUUGAUUCGAACUGUCCCGGCUUAGCUUUGAGUGCUCUUGCUGUGCGAACCGUUCUUAAUCCGAUUUUCGCCUAAUAGCCAGCAUCUCUUUAUGUUUAGCUGUCAUCGGAUCACAC